AUCCUGAUGCCCUUCAUCAUCUUCGGUGGACUGCUGAUCAAUCUCAGUGAGAUUCCCGUCUACUUCGUGUGGUAUUCCAUCUUCUCUUUCAUCCAAUACGGCUACAAGGCCAUCUCGAUCGUCAUCUGGGAGUCGAAGGAGACGCUCGAUUGUCCACCGGAGCCCGAGCCAUGCGUCUUCCCCACGGGACAGGAUGUACUGGACUAUCUCGAGUUCGAGGGCGGGAACAGAGAGCUGUGGCUGAACUUUGUAUACUUGGUGGCCCUCAUGGUGGGAUUCAGGAUCCUGGCGUUCUUCGCCUUGCUGUACCGCAGCCGUCCCACGGGGGAGCGUGCUUACUGACACGCACGACGCUCUGGUCUCUGUACAGCAGUAUGUAACGGGGAUCUAAGUGACGUAGUGGUUGUUGCUUUGAUUCCGAGGAGUGCACGGGGACGAUCGUUGCUGUUUCUAUGGCAUGUCUCCGAUUGCAGAAUACGGAGAGAAAACUCCGCGUUCGCAAAGAGCCGUGUUUUUCGUUGUUUCGGUGGGCUAGAUAUACGUACAAGAUUUAGGUGACGCAUGGGCUCCCGCGAUGGGGGAUGGCUUCAGUCGUAGUCCUUCAAUGUGUGUGUUGUUGGAAAUGUGUUUAGCCAACUCUUUUGAAUCGAGGUGGGGAAUUGAAGAAGCUUGAAAGGUUUUGUACACACGUCAUUCGUCACUUUGUACAGUCGUGAAAAUACUUCAGUCCUCGCACUUUGGCUGGAAUUCCGCGCGUUGUAGUUGUAAUUUUGUCCUUAGCGGGCGUUGCGAACGAGGUAGUUGUAAUUUGUCCUUGGUGAGUGUUAAGUGUAGGGUCGGGUCGGGGCCGGUCCACGCGCGCUCCGCCAAGGCUGUCAUUGGCGAACGUGCCUUAAUACUUUGGAGGAGCACUGUGUCAUCAGUGAUUACACCCGGCUUCGGCAACAUGCAUACAUACAUGGUCAGUCUUCAUCGUCAGUAGGAGAUCGAGCAGGAAGUUCGCCUUGGGCAUUUUUCCACCGGUUGAGAGCCGGCUGGCUCUGCAUUUGGUUGACUACAAUAAUGUAGCGAAGACUUGCAACGGCAAAAAUUUGAUGUUUGCCUUGCGAAAGCGGAUUUUCGCAAUCUUUCCUCUCAAUCUAUUGUCCCCCGUUGGACCCUUCAACAGACACGAAGCCGGACGAUCAUGGCCGACGGGAUGAUCUGUAAUACCUUUCGGUGAGACCUGAAUGGAUGGAUGGAACGAGAGGAAGUGAAGUGA